AUGGAACCAGAGUUCUCAAUUUCCAAGCAAAAUUCUUUCAAAGAAGAAAUUAAAGCCAUUUACACCGCUAUCAAGAUUGAACCUUACUUUGUCUUUUUCUUGCCUUAUGCCUUCUUGGGGUUAUACUACCCGGCGUACCAGGCGAAUGACUUUAACGGCUACUUUUUCAACGUGAGAACUCGCUCCAUAAAUGGACUUCUUUAUGGAAUCUCCCAGAUGUUUGGUGCCAUCACUUUUGGUCUUUUUCUUGACUUGCCAAUGCUCAAACGAAAGCUCAGGGCUCGGCUCGGAUGGGGCAUACUUUUCAUCACCGUUUUCAUCGUCAGUCUUUGCGGAUAUUUUCCAAUGAAAGAGUCCAAUAGACUGGUUCCUUAUAACCCACCCAUGGAUUUGAAAGACGGCUCCAAAGCUGCCAAAUACAUUGUAUUAUACUUUUUCUAUGGCUGGCAGGACGGGAUGGUUCAGUCGUAUGCUUUCUGGAUAAUGGGGACACUCACAAACGACUCUAGGGUGGUUUCCAUGUAUGCUGCUUUUUACAAGGUUAUGGGAGCUACUGCUGCAGCAAUUGCCUUUGGAACAGAUGCUCGAGGUGUGUCGUACAACAGAAUGUAUGGUUCCUAUUGGGCAGUGUGUCUUUUUGGAGUAUUGUCUUUGGGGAUUUUGGUUUUCAAGAGAGUGGAGGAUACCACUGAAGAAGAAAAACCAGAGAUGAUCAAGCCAGAGGUAAUAGCUUAG